AUGGAAUUUCUUCCUGACUUUUAUAGAGAGUCGGGCCAGGGUUAUUACCAGCCAGACCCUAGAUGCUAUAGCCGCAAGGAGCAACCACAAGUUUCUAUGGCUGAAAGUUCUUUGCCUAAGGAUUCGAAGAGAGGGAAGUCUGUCGUCCCUCGAGAAGAACGCCGAGUGGAGCCAGAAGAGAAAGUGUCCUUCUCUUCCAAAAUAUUGGAGGAAAGGCUACUCAAAGGGUACCGACACCCUACUAUCGGGGAAUAUGAUGGCAGCAAGGACCCUGAAGAUCACCUCCGCAAGUUUAGAAACGUGGCUCUGUUACAUCAAUACAACGAUAAGUGGUUCGAUGGACUGCCGCAUGGGUCCAUCACCUGCUUCUCUGAUUUCAAGAUCACAUUCCUGCGCCACUUCAAUAGCAGCAGGAAGUAUCAAAAGAAGGACCACUGCUUGUUUGCUCUCAAGCAAGGGCCCUCUGAGCCGUUAAGAAGCUAUAUCAAACGCUUCAAUCAAGUGGCUCAGGACGUUCCCUCGGUCACAUCAGAAAUACUCAUGAGCGCCUUCUCUCAUGGGCUGACAGAGGGAGAGUUCUUUAGGGAUCUCAUCAGAAAUCCCAUAAAGAAUUUUGAUGAGAUGCUGGAGAAGGCGACUAGCUACAUCAAUAUGGAGGAAGCGCAGGCGGCGCGAAGAAAGACAGACAAACCUCCUCCUGUAAAUAAGCCUGAGAGAAGAGUGCCCCAACCUCCUGCUCAACCUCUCCCGCACGCUCGGGACACCCGACCUACUUUCCACCACAGUCAGGAUGUUCGGCCGAUCCCGCACGUAGCUGCAAUUCAUGACCCCCGACCUGGGCCUUGGGGGUCACACUAUUGCACUUAUCAUCGGUCGCACACGCACGCCACCAACGAUUGUUUUCAAUUUGCCCAGGAUUCUCAUCGCGCUGCUGAGCUGGGCCUACCACCCCCCGAGCUGGCUCCAUAG